ACCAAAGAUGGCCGAAAAGAAAGUCCAUCAAAGGUGCCCUGCGAAGUGCCUGUGGGUUAUGUCGAGAUAAACAAAUUGAGGUCCUCUUUCUUUAGCGAGCUAACUAGCUGAAUGCUAUCGUUCAGGUAUUCACAUAUGCGGUAACAGGACUGUGUUAAUGAGUAGAAAUGUCUGGUAUCGCUCUUAGUAGACUGUCACAGGAGCGCAAAGCAUGGAGGAAAGACCACCCAUUUGGUUUUGUUGCUGUGCCUACCAAAAAUCCUGAUGGCACUAUGAACCUUAUGAACUGGGAAUGCGCCAUUCCAGGGAAGAAGGGGACACUGUGGGAGGGAGGCCAAUACAAACUCCGAAUGCUGUUCAAAGAUGACUAUCCUUCCUCGCCGCCAAAAUGCAAGUUUGAACCGCCCAUUUUCCACCCCAAUGUCUACCCAUCUGGCACGGUGUGUCUUUCCAUCCUGGAGGAGGAGAAGGACUGGAGGCCAGCCAUCACCAUCAAACAGAUCCUGUUGGGUAUCCAAGAGCUACUCAAUGAACCCAACAUCCAAGACCCAGCACAAGCAGAAGCCUAUACAAUUUACUGUCAGAACAGAAUGGACUAUGAGAAGAGGGUGAGGGCGCAGGCCAAGAAGUUUGCCCCCACAUAAAGCUCAGCUGAACAUCUGCCUGAGAAGCCUGAUACAACACCUGGGUACUGAACAGCAAGCAGCACUUAGAGGACCAAUCCAAUGAUCAAUCUACAAUUUGAUAUGUUCUUCUUUACAUGAGAGAAAUGUAAUGUAGCCUACAUGAGAGCCAAUUUAAAACAAGAAAUAAUAUUUUUGUCCAAAUUUCUUUUUGCCUAGUUCACUUCUAAAGCAUGCUUAAAUCACAUGCCUAAAACACUUUCAUAUAAUUUAAUAAGACGCCGUUUGCAUUUGUGAUCUGUAAAUCAGGAAGCUACUUUGCCUGAUAUUUAGUCUUAUCAAAUAUCACUUAUUUAAUAACAAAUCAUUUGAAAUUGUAGUGUCUGAUACAUCAUUUUGAAACUGAAUCUGUACUUAAAUAAAUUACCCCCCAAAAAGCAGACAGAAAAUCACCCAAACGUAAGUGAGCCUUAUUUUUCGAAAUGUCUGGUCACAUUGAAUUUAAUUGUAGAUUUUUAUUGGGAUGCCCCUUUAAUAAGAUGAAUGUCAGAGCUGAGAGUGUGCUGCAUAGAGAGCUGAAGAGGUUUACCUCCAAAGACUUGAGUGUAUGUACAUAAUAUAAAUAUGUAGGUCCAUAUGGAUCUUAUGUUCUUUUCUAUUGUUUUAGCAAGUUGAUAUUUGUGUGUGUGGUAUUAAAAGUAAUGAACACAUUUUAAAUGUAAGAAUUGUGAAAUAAAGUUAAUUGAAUGGAAAAAUACAAA